UUUUACAGUUACUAUUUUAUAAUUUAUGCACUUUGAUUCUGUGAUUCAGAUUUCUAAUCAUAAAAUGUAUUUUUUUGUUUUUGGCUGUUACUAUGUUAAAAUUGAAUUAUGGGCAUGUAAUUUUGCCAUCUUUGUAGUUUCACAAAUUUUGUGUAAUCUACCUCAAAUGAAUAAUCCAAGUAUUGGUUAACUAUAAUGUUGGCAUCUCUCUUUUAUUCAGCAAGCUUAAAGGCUCUUUAAAGUCUUAAUUAGUCAAAGACUAAUCCAGGUUAGAUUGACCGGUUCACUGCUCACUUGCAACCUUAUCAAAGGGUUUGACAAAGGGAAAUGUAAAAUAAAUCUGUUUAUGGAUAUUGAGUACAUCUUGUAUGUGCCUAAUAUUGAUAGGAUGAGAUGUCUGAACAAAUUUUUAUAAUAUUGCUGUGAAGGAGCUUGCUACUGAACCACAGAAAUCCUUUAAUAUUCAGGUUUUAAAACUGGCAAAUUCUCACAGGACCUCAGGCACAGAUUAUUGAGGUUGGGAGAGAGUGAGUAGAUGUAGAAAGGAGAAAAACAACACACGCCCUGUUCUCCACAGUACAACUGUGUGCAAUUAAGCAAUGGUACUUGAUGUAGGCUCUAACACUCAUCAAUAAAUGUGUUGUCAAAUAAUUUAUAACAGGUAAUUGAUAGUGUGUAAUGAAUGGACUUAAUAAUUGAUCAUCUAGAAACGAACUGCUUUUUUGGGCUAAGCUUUUAAUGUUUUAAUGUAAAGCAUACGCAGUGUGCUUUCUGCAUUUAUUUUUCUACCAAAUAAUACGGAUAAUGAGAAAUUGGUGAAAAUGCCUACGCCAGGUGUUGACAGUGUGAAAGUAGCAGUGCGAGUGCGGCCUUUUAGUCAGAGAGAGAAGAAUCUUGGGAGCAAAUGUGUGAUUUCCAUGCAUUCCAGAAUCACCACCACUACACAGGACCCUAAGAAUCCAGAGCCUGUGAAGACAUUUACUUUUGACCUGGCAUAUUGGUCUCAUGAUGGAUUUCAAAGGGAUAAGGAUGGUGUCCUUAUUUCAGCUGAUCCUAGUCGUAAAUUUGCAGGCCAGAGAGAUGUCUUCCACGACCUUGGCAGGGGAAUUCUGGACAGUGCUUGGCAAGGCUAGAAUGCAACUCUCCUAGCCUACGGCCAAACUGGCUCUGGGAAAAGCUAUUCCAUGAUUGGGCUUGGUGCAAACAAGGGUAUUAUUCCAACUGUGUGUGAGGAGCUCUUUCAAGCAAUUGAGAACCAGGGGAGAAAUCAAGAACACCAGGUUACGUUCAGUAUACUGGAAAUUUACAAUGAACAGAUAAGAGAUUUACUGUCCAGAACCAAAAAACCUGGUGGGCUCAGAGUAAGGGAAGAUCAACAGCUGGGCUUUUACGUGGAAGGCCUGAAGUUAGUGCCCUGUGAGAACUAUGCCCAAAUUGAAAGGCUGAUGGAACAAGGAACAAAAAUAAGGACCACGGCUUCAAACAACAUGAAUGCCAGCAGCAGCCGGUCCCACCUGGUCAUCACCAUCCAGUUCAAGCAGGUUUUCCUAGACAGAGACCUUACCAAACAAUCCAGUAUUAAUUUGGUGGACCUGGCAGGAAGUGAGAGGCAGAAAUCUUCAGGAUCUGAAGGAGACAGACUGAGGGAAGGAUCACGCGUUAACUUAAGUUUAACCAAUUUGGGAAGUGUUAUCAGUGCUCUGGCUGAUGCAGCUAUGGGGAAGAAGGUCUUGCACAUUCCAUACACAGAUUCUGUUCUGACCAAACUGCUCCAGUCAGGUCUGGGUGGGAACAGCAGGACCGCUUUGAGUCUCGCUGUGUCUCCAGCUGACAUCUGCUAUGAGGAAACUCUAUCAACAUUAAGAUAUGCGGAAAGGGCUAAAAAGAUCCGGAACAAAACAGUAGUCAACACCUGGACACUGAUGAGAGAGUCAAGGGUGGAGAACAGCAAGCUGCUGCCGAUGAUGACCUUCCCUCACCUUCCUAACGUCAACGAGGACCCUCAGCUCACCGGGGUCCUCAAGUACUUCAUUCAAGCUGGUACUCAGCCGGCCCCCUGCCCCCGCCCUGCCCUCUCCCCACCCCACCCUCUUCUUAGAAUUUCAGAUAAACACGCUUCCUUCACAAAUGCCGACGGUAAAGUGACGGUCACUCCACACAGCAAAUGCAAGGUUGCCGUUAACGGGGUGCCCAUCACCACCAGGACAAAGCUGCAGCAUUUGGACCGCCUGAUUUUGGGAUCCAGCAGCACCUGCCUGUACGUGGGGUUUCCUUCAGAGCGGGGCAGUGAGGACCUGAGCAGGUUCGAUUACGACUUCUGCCUGCUGGAGAGGGCAGCCAGGGAGGGAGUGAGCGCAGACAAACUCGGUGCUGCGGACGGUGGAGACGGCAAGGCAGACCCCAGUGUCCUGGCUGCGUUCCAGGACUACAUCAAACUGAUGCCGCUGGUUGCAGAAGCAAAUCAAAUGAAUAAAGAGCUGAAGAAGGGACUUAACAUGGAAUUGAAGGUGAAAAAUUUGGCAUCGUCAGAUUCCAGGGGCUAUGACCUACAGAAGGAGGUCUUGGUGAAGGUGACCCACCACGGGUCUCACGAGGUGUGGAUAUGGUCAAAAGCCAAGUUCAUCAAUAGGAAAUUCCUAAUGCAGGAACUUUAGCAGUGCUUUCUAGAUGGAGAUAACGGCUUUGUGGCUCAAGAAGAUGACCCUUUCUGGGAUCCUGUCGAGGUCGUCCGCUUGGGCUCAGCUCACAUCUGGCUCCAGUCGCUGGCCUACUGCAUGAAACUGGAGGAGCAAGUGGAGUUUCUGAACUGUGACGGGCUGGAGGAGGCGGUGCUGCAUAUCUGCAUAGCACCCUGCUCCCCCACAGGACAAACGCAUGGUGAGGAGGAUGUGGUUAUCGACCCUUUGGAGCUGGUGGGCAAGAAUGAUUUUCAGAUUCACAUUGUCUGGUGCCUUGGCGUCAACUGGAUGAAGGAAGAUGCAAAGCGGGGCAUUCAGAUAGGGUACCAGCCUGCACCGCGGAACAGAGCCACACGCGCCACCUGCCGUGUGGACCCUGCAGGGGGCAGGCCAGUCUUUCUUCAAGCAGCAUCAAACCAGAUACCAGAACUUUAUCUGAAGCUGCUCAAGCUAGAGCAGAAGACAGAACUGCUCAGGAACAUUAACAGAGCCCUGAGAGAAGAGAACGUGCUUUUCAAAGCAUCACUCACGAAAAUUGCUUCUGGUCAAGCCCAGAAGCCUUCCAACACUCUGAAGAUCAGUGGGAUGACUGCGCAACUGCCAUCCGCCAGGGAGAUGAGCCAAAUGUGCACAGAGCAAGCCGGCUCUGACCGAGAGCUUGCCAAGGCUCUGAAGGUGUUCUACCAAAGCAUGAACAUGGCAAGAGGGCAGCUUUUCAGACUCAGAUGGUAUAAACCUCCUGAAGAUGAUCAAAUGCUUCCACUGUUCAUAUACCAACGGUCACAGAUAUUUAAGGAUUUGGGGGAUCUACUUGAAUCCAGCUUGUGGAAACUGAAAAAUGACGUUGCUCUUAUAGUGAAAAAGAUGAGAGAAUAUUUAUUGCAUAUCAAAUAGUGAAGAUACACCAACUGAACACUGAAGAUAUUCAGGUUUCGAGUUGUGAAGAUGAUUUGUGUAGCUAACAAGCUUACAUCAUUUCCCACUUACUUUACCUAUUUCUUCUACCAGUUUUAAGCAAAACUCUCCUUCCAUGUGAUUGUAAAUCAUCUCUAUAACCUAAAGGCUGCUUGAAUGGCCCUACGUUCCUGACGCAUACAGGGGAACCACACACACUGGGGUCUAUUUGAGGCUGGAGGGUGGGAGGAAGGAGAGGGUGAACGAUUAGCACUCGGAGCUCUGGGAUCAGACUGCCUAGGGUUAAAUCCUGGUUAAGUCCAUCACUUAUCAACUGCAGGAUUUGGGGCCACUGACUUCCCCUCUCUAAGCCUCUCUUUCCUCACUUGUUUUAUGGGAAGGAUAACAGUAUUUACUGCAAAUGGUUAAGAACAUAAAGCACUUAGAACGGUGCCUGACACACAGACGUGAUGGAUAAGCAUUCACCAUUAAUAUUUUUACGGUGAACAGUUCAAAACUUCCAAUGAAGCUCUUCUAUCUCUAUUUCUUGCUGUCAGACCUACAGACGAUGGUUAUUUCACGUCUCUCGUUUUGUAUCUUUCUCUGAACAAGUUUGAAUUCUACCUCCACUUAGUUUCCUCUUCUCACAGGUUUAUCUGAAAUACUGUUAUGUUCCAUUUUUUCAGCAGCAGGAGUGCCCAUAUGAUGGGACCUUUUCAGUGUCGGGUCUGCGGUUCAGGGAUUAUAACUGUUAGUGAAAAAAUCUACGAGGAGUUAGUCUAUCUUGAAGCCAAUCUUGAUUCCACAAAUUGACUGAUGGGUCUUAAUCAAGGAUAUGAUAAAAAGCUCAACACCACUGAUCAUUAGAGAAAUGCAAACCCAAACCACAAUGAGACAUCAUCUCACACCAGUCAGAAUGGCUAUUAUUAAAAAGUCAAAAAAUAAAAGAUGCUAGGCUGGACAUGGUGGCUCACGCCUGUAAUCCCAGCACUUUGGGAGGCUGAGGCAGGUGGAACACCUGAGGUCAGGAGUUCGAGACCAGCCUGACCAAUAUGGAGAAACUCCAACUCUACUAAAACUACAAAAUUAGCCGGGCAUGGUGGUGCAUGCCUGUAAUCCCAGCUAUUCGGGAGGCUGAGGCAGGAGAAUCGCUUGAACCCGGGAGGCAGAGGUUGUGGUAAGCCAAGAUCAUGCCAUUGCACUCCAGCCCAGGCAACAAAAGCAAAACUCCAUCUCAAAAAACAAACAAAAAACAGAUGCUGGCAAGGUUGCAGAGAAAAAGGAAUGCUUACACACUGUUGGUGAAAGUGGAAAUUAGUUCAACCGUUGUGGAAAACAGUGUGGUUCUUCCUCAAAGACCGAAAAACAAAUACCUUCUGACCCAGCAGCCCCAUUACUGGGUAGAUACCCAAAGGAAUAUAACUUGUUCUGUUAUAAAGACACACAUGUGUAUGUUCGUUGCAGCACUGUUCACAAUAGCAGAGACAUGGAAUCAACCUAAAUGUCCAUCAAUAGUAGACUGAAUAAAGAAGAUGUGGUAGAUACACACCAUGGAAUGCCACGUAGCCAUAAAAAGAAUGAGAUCAUAUCCUUUGCAGGAACAUGGACGGUGCUGGAGGUCAUUAUCCUCAGCAAACUAAUGCAAGAACAGAAAACCAAAUACCACAUGUUCUCAUCUAUAAGUGGAAGCUAAGUGAUGGGAACACAUGGACACAUAGAAGAGAACACCACACACUGGGGCCUCUCAGAGGGUGGAGAGUGGGUGGAAGGAGAGGGUCAGGAAAACUAACCAAUGGGUACUAGGCUUAAUACCUAGGUGACAAAAUAAUCUGUACGACAAACCCCCAUGUCACUUUAUCUAUAUAACAAACCU